AUGGAGGAAGCUUGUGACGACACUAGUGAUCCUGCUGACAUGGAGGUAUAUCAACCCUCCUCAAGCUAUCAGAAGAUGCUGAAUAACAUCGCCAAUGACCUUGAUUUGCUUUUAGAUGAAAUGUGUGACCUUUACCCCUACCCUGAGACAACAAGCUGCAAUACAAAGUUCCAGUCUUUUACACAACAGACAUACACAGAGAGCAGCCCUGGGCGCGGGGAGGACAGCGCCUUCGGAACAUUGGCGUCAACAGACAGUUACUCCAGUGAGCAGAAGACACAAAGUGAUUCUCUCAAAUCUGCUCAUCUGGAUGUGUUUGGUCUCAACAACAAGGGUUUGGAGAUCCCUGCCUAUCCAGAGAAGACCCAAACGUCCGAAAGUGACUCAUGUGGAUCAGAGGGGCGCAGCAUUUCCUUUGUGGAACGCUUAACAAAGACAUUUGCAAUAUGGUAUCUACCAGAUGUGGGACGGUCAGGAGCAAUCCACUUAUUAAAAGACCGCGAUCCAGGGAACUUCAUCCUGAGGAAGUCGAGCCAGCCUGAAACCCUGGCCUUGAGUGUACAGUUCCCUGACAAGGGUGUGCCCAAUGUCGACCACUACCUAAUCAUGUCCAUGGAGGAUGGUUUACAACUACAGGGCUCACAUCAUCACUUCUGUAAUGUACCCAAUCUGCUUGCCUUCUAUCACCAAAACAUGGAGGAGCUUCCCCAUGUGUUGACAUUACCUCCCACCAUCAUGCGGGCUCGAACUCUUCAGGAACUCAAUUCACUCUCCUAUCUUGGACAAGAUUUCUGGACAUCAUACAGAUUUGACAAGGGCUCCAAUGCCAGCCUACAUGAUGAGUAUGGGACCAGGGUACAUACCACGCUGCUCCAUAAGUCAACCAGUGAACCAAUCAACAUCCAGGGAACUUUUGUGGGUCCUGAGGCCUCCGGUCAUGUGGGCCUGCGACCCCACACAGCCCAAUCACUACAGCACUUUCCCAGGGCACACCGCCGUAAUUCACGUACUGUCUCUAGUCAAUCUAGUGGGAGUUCACGUGAAUAUCUGAGUGACAAUAGGUGUUCCCGUUCUGACCAUUCAGGUCCUGACAAGAUUUCCUCAGGCCCCCACAGGCUGUCCAAUAUCAGUCACGACAGGAGUUCUUCAGAUCUUGACCGGAACUCCUCAGAUCUAGGCUCACAGAUGGGAGCAGUGAUUCACGAACGAUCUUCAUCAGGCCAAAGUAACAUGGCCCCAAUGGGACAGUCAUGUGACACAACUCAUAGUGAUAAUGAGAGAACACCAUCAUCUGAGAGGAUAUUUCCUGUGAAUAGUCGACCGUUACGUGAAGACUCCCCGUCAGGGUCUAGUCUAACAGACAGUGGCAAAGUGUGUGAUCGGUGUGGGGGUAGUAGUCGCUCUCUUACACCCCACACACCGGGUAGUUCCUCCUCCCUCAACUCCAUAGACUAUAAUUACAGGGAAGAGUCACCAAUGUCACACACACAUCCUAAACCCACACCACGUAAGUCAAAUCUGUACUGUACCACCUCUCUAGAUCUACUACAACUUCCCGAGAAUCAGUAUUUCAAAAGUAAUUUGUCAGAUAAAAUGAGUGACUAUGAAGAUAUUUGGAAGAACUCUACAGCCCCUACUCCAGUGCCAUCAGUAAAAUGUUCAGUUAUUAAUACUCCUGUGAAUUCUGUGAAAGGAUCAGAACCCAAUACUCCAGUGCCAUGUGUCUCCAUACAGACAGACACAAAGUUCCAUCAGACAGACAAUCUCAACAAUGCUUCAGUGCAUGUACAGAAGCCACAGAAUAGUCACAAAAAUGUGUGCAAUUUGUCACAGAAUGACCUUGAUGGGGGCAAUAGUACAGGUGUUAUUGGCUCUAAUGUUGCCAAGAUCAUGCCUAAACGUCGCAUGCUUCGUGCUGUCAGUCUUGAUGAGUCCAGUAAACAGAACAAUAUUGCUGUGCCCAUUCAGGUAGACUUUGGGGGAUUUCGGGCAAGGUCUGAACAAGUGAUAGACCGACCAAAGACUUCUGUUCAGACACAGACAUCUCCCAUGCCCAAGUACAAACCUCCAUCACUGCAUCUUCAUAGCAACAAUAGUGCGGCUUCAUCUGUUACAUCAGGUGUCAAAAGUCCAGUAUAUGCUGAACCUUUUGAUGCUUUAGAUCCUGGUCUCAUACCAGACCAAAAAGAGGCACCAAGGGUACGACGUAGGUCAGCACCAUCUAUGGGUGCAAAUAUGCAAUCGCUAAAAGUGUUAGGCAUAUCUCACAAUCCAAAAUUAGAAACAAUUUUCUCCCCUCGCAAUGAUGAAGAAGAUACAUCAAGCUUUACCUUUAAUCAAACCGGUGCUAAUAAACUCGCAAUCAAUCCUGCCGUGUAUAAACUGCCACCUAGUGGUGGUAAACAGAACAAUAAAAAGGGGAAGCGACAAAAGAAAAGUAUGUCAAAUUUAUCUGUGUUGAGUAGAGAUAAUAUGGAUGAGGUUGUGAAAAAACUAGAAACCAUUCAAUAUGAUGACCAAAGUGUUUGUACUGGUGACACAGGGAAACGGAAAAACGUGCUGCCAGAAAUGAUGAUGGACGGUAUAGUGUAUGACCCAGAAGAGCAGGUCUCUAACACUCUUAGGAAAUUCCCAGUGUAUCAAAAACAAGUAUCUGUGCGCUCCUGUCAGUCAGAAUACUCUACUAUGGAGGAUAUCAUUUCUAAUGAGAAUCCCUCUUUGACUGUAAAGCCAAUUCCUGUGAUGCCAAUGAAAAACUAUCAUCGUGUUCUUUCAGAGUAUGACAAUCUGACAAAUCAGUAUGCCCCACCUUCUGCACGCUCAACUGCUAGCACUGGCACAGAGUUCUGUAGACCGUGGGGAAAUGACUUCUUUGAAUCCCUCCUUAUAAAAACUAAUAAUCCCAAAAUGGUUCCACCGAUGGAUGUGAAUGAACGUAUUCAGGCAUGGCGAACUCAAAGUCAGAAAUUCCGUCCUGUGUCAAGUGUGAGGGACAGUGUGAUCUCUAGUUCUACGUUACUGGAAGAGGAUGAGUCUGUCUGUGAUAUGCCCCAGCCUGCUGUGAUACAACCUCCACCACUUCCUGAUGUACCAUGUCCUAGUCACAGCAGGGAGCGCCACCUGGCCCCAGGCAGUGGGAACAAGAAGGCAAGGGAGGGUCUGGACGGAGAUGACCAAUCAGUGGUAUCUGCGACCACUAACACAUUCCAUAAUGUCACACAGACUUCUAAAGCACGCACUGCAGCUAAGAAACCUCCUAAAUCUGAAAGUCAACACCCUGAAACACGGAUACGACAUUACAUCACAAAGUUAUCAGAGAACAAGGGCACAACGUUUGGGAGUACAAUAGUCAACUUUAUACAGUGUACCAAAGAAAGUCCAGAAACCAACCCAGGAAUUGUCACCAGAAAUGUACGUCAGUUUAUGACUGGUAUCAGGAAUUACCUUGUUAAACAUGAGCUGGAGGAUGUAAUAGAGAAAGAGCGGACACGGUUGCAGUCUGAUGAAAUCCUGAAUGUGGAUGCUAUUAUAGAGCGAGCUCUCCAUGUGUGUGUACUGCAGCCCCUCAAACACCAUAUCUACCAAUUGUUUGUCAACGAGUAUACCAGAAAUGGCAGUGUGAAGAAUCUUUCUGAAAACAUCCGCUAUGCCAGAACAAAGACUCCAGAAGAGAUUGGCUUGAGGUCUGGAAUCUCUCCCCCAGACAGUACUGUGAUGGAAUCAAUCAAACAAUAUCUUAACAAGAUGCAGAAGGCGUACUCCCCUCUCAAGAAACUGGAAUAUCUUCUUGGUGCGACUUCCCUCAUCUAUCAGUGUACAAACAAGCCAGAACAUGCCAGGCCAGGACCUGUCCCAAUGGGGGCAGAUGAUUUCUUGCCAAUGAUGAUCUAUGUACUGGUGCAUUGUGGGUUUGUGACUGCAGAGAUAGAAUCUGACUAUAUCUGGGGCCUCAUUCAUCCAUCUCUACUUAAUGGAGAGGGUGGCUACUACCUCACCUCUCUCAGUAGUGCAGUACUCGUCCUCAAAAAGUUCCGUGACAUGCAGGAAACACAGACAACACAACAUGAGGGCCACCUGCCUGGUAUAGAAGACAUACAAGGUUUCCUCAAGAUUGCCAUUCCUGAUGAACUCAGAGACAGCAUUAUCUGGAAAACUCUUCCUGUCCGACCAAAGAUGCACACAAAGGAUGUCUGUACUCUGAUAGCCCACAAAUUUAAGGUGACCAAUCCUCAGGACUAUGGACUCUACAUACUCAUCAAAGGAGAAGAGAGAAGAUUACAGGAUGCUGAAAUCCCGCAGGAUCUGAAAACAGAACUCAUGAACAAUAAGAAGAAUUGUGUAUUUGCCUACAAACGUACUGCAGCUAAUAUAGCUUGGCCAAUGUCAUUACAGAAAUAAGUGGCUGUGGAGUUUCCCUACAGAAAUAAGUGGCUGGGGAGUUUCCCUACAGAAAUAAGUGGCUGUGGAGUUUACCUACAGAAAUAAGUGGCUGUGGAGUUUACCUACAGAAAUAAG